AUUUUUACGCAUUUCACGUACAGAAAUUAUUAACGUUGUUCAUCCGGUUGUGUACAUCAACAAAUAUGCAAGCACGUAUUGAUUUGUCAUUUUAUUUUGUGUAGCUAUCAAAUACAGCGGUUCUGAAUUAAUAGCUCAAAAUUAAUUGAGCAUUUUAUCUGAUCACACUAUAUUCCUGUAAAAGUUGCGGAACACCGUGUGCUCCAAUCAGGCGGCGCUAGGACGACGUGCCAAAGAGUUAGCCGGGUAGCUGUAGCUACCCGAUGUGUACGCGGUGGAUGUGAUUUAUGAGAUAGAAUUAAAAUCCAAAAUAUAUACAUUUUUAUUUUACGUUAGCCAUCCAGGUAAAUAAAUUAUGCCCAGCAAAAAGAAGAAAUACAACGCCAGAUUCCCUCCGGCAAGGAUAAAGAAGAUUAUGCAGACAGAUGAAGAAAUAGGCAAAGUGGCUGCAGCAGUACCUGUUAUCAUUUCGAGAGCCCUGGAGCUUUUUUUGGAAUCAUUGCUGACAAAGGCCUGUCAAGUCACCCAGUCUAGGAAUGCAAAGACAAUGACAACAUCACAUCUAAAGCAGUGCAUCGAGCUGGAGCAACAGUUUGAUUUCUUAAAAGACCUGGUGGCAACAGUGCCGGACAUGCAGGGUGAUGGGGAAGAGAACCACACUGAGGGGGGAGCUGAAAAAAUCCCUCGCAGGGGUCGAAAACCAGGAUCCGGACGCAAGAAUGGUGGGGCCAGCUCCAAAGCCAAGGACAAGAAGUUGUCUGGCACAGAGUCGGAGCAAGAGGAUGACUCUGAAGACAGCGAAACAGACGGGGACGAAGAGGAUGGCUCUCAGUCAAGCACAAAUCUACAGGCAGCAUCCAGGUUCCACAGCUCGAAUGUGCAACCCCAGUUCAUGCACAUGGGAAACAUGGUCUCAAUGGGCAGCAUGGCUCCAGCACAGCCCCAGGGUGCCAUGGCCUUUGCCCCCCACCCUUCAAUGAUGAGCAUCGCACCGCCCCCCCCAGCCCCCAUGCCAAACAAAAACGAGGAUGAUGAUGAUGACUAUGACUAUGACUAUGAUUCUUAGCUCCUCCUUGUAUCUUCCUCCUUUCUCUCUUUCUCUAUCUCUCUCGCUCUCUCUCUCUCUC